UCGACCAUGGCCACCAAGACCAUUGUCAUCGACCAUGGCUCUGGCUUUGUGAAGGCUGGCCUGGCUGGGUGUAACGUCCCCCAGCUGGUGGUCCCCAACAUCGUCAAUUACAUGCCAUGCCGUGAGAACCCCGGGCCCAGCUACGCUCGCAGACGCGUGAGCCUGGGCAUCAACUUCAUCCACCCUGACACCUUCAGCUACCCCAUAGAGCGCGGCCGUGUGCUCAACUGGGAGGGCGUGGAGCACAUCUGGUCGUUCAUCAUGAGGAAGCACCGAGAGGAGCACGAGGACUGCCCGGUGUUGAUCACCGAGAGCCCCCUCAGGGAGCCCUCAGACCGGAGGAAGACGUUGGAGAUCAUGUUUGAGUUCCUGGAUGUGCCCUCCCUCCUCCUGGCUGACCAGCUGGAGAUGUCGCUGUACUCCUCCGGCCACCUGACUGGUGUGGUGGUGGAUUCCGGCUACGGCUUGACCCGAGUGAAGUCUUUCCACCUGGGGUACCCGGUGCACUCCAGCUGCCAGACGCUGGAGUUUGCUGGCCAGGAUCUCUCCACCUACCUCUGCAAGAGCCUCUUCAAGGAAGACGCUGACCUGCGCAACCUGUUCCAGAUGGAGACGGUGGCGAAGACUCAGAUGAACAAGUGCUACGUGCCGCUGAACCUGGCCAAGGCGUUGGACUUCUUCCAGAGUCUGCCCGGCGGCUCCGACAAUGAUAACACAUACCAGCUUCCCGACGGCACCACGGUGGAGCUGACCCCCAUGCAGCAGCUGGCUCCUGAGAUGUUCUUCAGUCCUCACGUGUUCGACCUGCCGGGGCCCAGCAUCUCCCAGCUGUUCCUGGAGUCGCUGAAGGCCUGCGACAGCACGCUGCACCCGAUUCUCAUGUCCCAUGUGGUAGCCUGUGGGGGCAACACCCUGUACCCUGGGUUCUCCAAGCGCUUGUGCAAGGAGCUGGUCACCAAUGACCUCCUUUCUCCCGCCGACUCCUCCGUGUGGGUGGGUUCCAAUAGAAACUUCAGUGUCUGGCUAGGAGCCUCUGUAGUGGCCCAUCUUUCUUCUUUUAAGUCCCAGUGGAUGACCAGAGAGGAAUACGAUGAAGGUUUAAAGAUAUGAUCUGUCAAUCUGGUCCUGUAAUUGGCCUUCAAUGGGCAAAGGAGGUUGGAUUUUAGCAAUAGGAUUUAGUGGUAGUUAACAAUUUGGGAUUAGCUAGUUUGGGGAGGCUGAUGACCCCAUGCAGUUUUACAUUACAGGGUUUUAUCUUGUUUUUAGAGGGACAUCCAACCCAUAGUAGCAGGGUGUCAUCCCUGGGUGACCUCCCUCCCAGGGGCAUUCUUCCAGGAUCAAUUUGUCCAUGGUGGGGGGCGGGGGGAGCGGUCAUCUGCCAGCUCCCGGCCCAGUGUCGGUGCUAAUGAGAAUGAGAACAUGCACAAGAGAAGGCAGCACGGCCCCUCAGCGUGGUUACUGUCGCAGAGCCAUUGUUGCAGCCCCCAUCUAGUACAUUGGGGGUCUGCCUCUCAUUCUUCACCAACCUUGUUGGAUUGUCCUCUUCUUGUUGGUUGAAUAGGUCUCAACUCUGGGGCCA